GUGUGAGCGAAGCCCAGAGACAGACACACGCUCAUUAGCAAGUCACAUGAAUGGAAUAUAUGGACUAAUACAGCAGUGCCUCUCCUUAAUAUGCCCAGCUUAAUCGCCGCACCACUGACAGAGUCUCAGGAACUCAACAUGGAGAGAGAGGAUAAGAAAAGAAGCAGGAGUCUAGGAAAAGACUUCAUGUGUCGUAUGCAGUGCAUGUUUUUGCACACAUCAAGCAUUGAUAGACUCACUGCAGAGGAAAUGUUGCUGUGGUCUCAAUCACUGGAGAAACUCCUUCAGUCCAAAUAUGGCAUGGCUACAUUUCACACCUUUCUGAAGACAGAAUACAGUGAUGAGAACAUUGAAUUCUGGCUGAGAUGUGAGGAUUACAAGAAAAUCCGAUCAUCAUACAGGAUGAACUCCAAGGCAAAGAAGAUAUAUGAACAGUACAUUCAGUCCAAGGCACCGAGAGAGAUUAACAUUGACCACCACACAAGGGAGAUGAUCAAAAUGAACGUAACGGCACCCACCAUCUUCUGCUUCGAUGAGGCCCAGAAGAUUGUAUACAAACUGAUGGAGCGGGAUUCAUACCCCAGGUUCCUCAGGUCUGACAUGUACAGGAAUAUUUUAGACUCAACUGCAGCAGACUGCAACCCAAGGGGCUGACAAGGAAGCACUCCCCAAACACCGUUCGCUGAAAGAGCUUUGCUCCUGACCCCGCACCUCAUGGAUUGCAAGGCACGCUAAACAAAUGUAUAUUUUAUUUAAGUCUGUGGAAUGCAAUCCAAAGGAGAUGCGGAGGAGGAGAGUUUUUCCAUGGGACCAGACAGUUAUGUGAAAAAUCUUGGAUAAAGGCUUUGGAUCUUCCUUGGUAUGAAGGUAGAAGUACUUAAACAGCUGCCAGAUGGGCCAAACAGACAAGCAAUCCAAACUACUUUCCUGACUGUGGAAAUUAAUUACACUGCUAUGGACAGUGAAAGACACUGGUUGGCAGCCAUUUUGCUUACCACCCAUAGUUCCAGUCAAUUGGACCGAGGGUCUUGAGUGAACGCACACAAAGAACUGAGCUGGAUGACCUGUGGGACUAUGAGCUUCCAGGGUAGCUGUAUACCCAUUGCUUAGAGGCCAGCUGGGUUUUUGGGUCUUCUGCCUGAAUAAGCUUUUGCUGUUGACAGCUGAUGUUUGCGCGGCUACAUUGAUGGCAUCUACAUGAGUUGAGAGUUAAGAGAACAGGGGAUCAAUUGCAUGGUGUCAGAACAAAUAUAAUCUGUCAGGAAGAGAUUGAGUUUGCAUGUACUUGUUUGCCAAACAAAAUGUCCUAUCAAAUGCACUGCAAAAACCUGCUGUCUUAACUUUAGUGAUUUAGUCAUGUAUAAAGACUUAAAAUCGUAUAUUUUUCUCUCAAGUAGAAAAUAUUAAUGUGUUUUGAGUCACUGUUUGCUUGACAUUUGAAGUUUUCUAAACCCAUUGGAAGUCUUGAAACUCAUUGGCCAUAUUUUUGCAUUAUUUCGCAAAAAAUACUAGACUGCAGAGCAUGCGUAGACGCUAAAAAUGCAGAAAAAUCUUUUUCAUAAUAAUGCAUUAAUUGAUACUGUAAAUUUUUAAAUGUCUUUAUAAAUGUGAUGCUGUAAUAAAAAUAAAUUAAUUUAUUUUCAAUA